CUGAACCGGCCAUCCCUGACGUUUGCAUUGAGCUCGAUCUUAGGGCUCUUGAUACCCUCAGGAUACGUCACCUCGCUGAGAUUCUCGAUGACACGUGCAGUGAGGAGUGGAGAGGUGCGGGGACUGGCAGGGAUAGUCGGGCCACUGGAAUCCCCCGACCCAGCCUGAGGACUGGGUCGGGAUUGGGCUUGCAUGUUUGGCAUAGCACGGGGAAACGCAGGGGAACGUGGGUUGAUAACAGGUUGCUGUGAUUGGCGCACACCGGGCACAAAUGGAGUAAAAGAAUGUGCGCCUAGUUUGGAAUGCUGUGGGGGUGGCUGUGAUGAUGAAUGUGGAGAGGGUCGGGUGGAAGGAGAAGACGUGUCGGAGGAUGGCUGGGAAGAUGAUGAGUUUUGGAAAAGCUUUGCGAUAUCUGCUUUAGUCGGUUUGGGGGGAGAUGCGAUUGUUGAUGAAGGAGCGCUUGAGUUUGAGGGUGCCGAUGACAAAGCGAGUCUUGCAGGCUUCGAUGACCCUGAUACGGAAGCGGGUGUUUUGCCAUUUACAUGGUUGGCCCGGGAACGGGUAGGGGGUACGGAUCCGACGACUUCGGUUUUGAUGACAGCCGGUGAUGAGGCUGAGGCAUCAUCUAUUGAUCCAAAAACAACGGAUCCUGGUAGUGAACCCAGACUAUUUAGAGGGACAGAGAUGCCAUCAUUUACGGAUCCACCCUGUCUUAAUGCACUUGGACGUCUUGAACGAGAAGUAGUUUUUGUGGAAGCGACAUGGGAUGGAGCAGGAGACUGCGAUGGCGACGGCGGGCCCUUUGCCCAAAAUGAUUGCGUUGAAGGGAGUGGCGUUGUAAUCUUUACAGAUGCAGAGGAAAGUUUGCUCAUUCUGCAAAGUAAGACGCGCAAGAAUUUUCGUUGGGACAGUUCGUCGUGCGUGGUGGUGAUCGUCCAGGCGAAACAAAAGGAAGCUCAUGAACCUGAGGCUGUGAGGCUCACCCCCUACACGUUUCUUCACUUAUCUUUCUAGGGGUCAGCAUUGCCGACUUAUGACCUUGCGGUCCGUGCGGAGCUAGUUAAUUGGGUUGCUUCACAAAAAAUUGUAUUGAUGCAAUUUUACUUGUCACUUGCAGGUUGCCUAGUGUUGUAGGGAUUCUUGGGGUAUUUACGAGCUACGAGCGUAAUGUGCAAGAGG